UUGUUGAACCCCAAUACCAGGAGUUUCCAGCAAUCCUCUACGUAAAUAAUACCAUCUCGAUAACUAAAUUAAUAAUUUUGAAUGGUAUUUCAUAAUGGCUGGAAGAGAUCGGCAAUACGAAACACCAGAAGAUGUUUUCCAGAAGAUCCUGUGCUGGAUUCAGGACGAAAAUCCUGACUCGAAAAAACUGGUUGAAAAUGCCGUCAGUCACAUCGAUUCAGAGGUGGGAUGGGCACUUAAACCGUUGGAGAGAACUUGCGUAGAAUUGCAAUACGUCAACGCCCUCUUGACGAUGUGGGUAAGGAGCAGUUCAGAAAAGGCGUUUAUCCACUUGGAGAAUGAAACGUUCGACAUCAACACAACUAUGUCGACUGUCUUGGACGAACUGGAUUCCAUCAAUUCGUUCGAAGAUAUUAGUACCAAACUAAAUGCAGAGGAAUCACAGCUUCGGACUUGGUUUGGUGGACGCUGUCGAUAUUUCCAGUUGAUUCUCCAACAAGAAGAACUGUUCAAAAACACGCCCCGUUUCGCCCUUCUCUUGAACCAAAAUUUCCACAAACUGAAGAGUUGUUUUAUCGAUAAGAUCUUUUCUCGAUGCAGGAAUGACAUCCUCAACGACGUUGAUGGUGCUGUACUUGUAAAAUUCAUUUCGCAUCUGACUGACUUUUUGACAAAAGCCAAUGAAGACGAAAAAUUACAACACGUUCUGGAGGCUCAUGUACUAGAAAGCAAUAUAAAGAUAAAUAGCAGAGAGACAGAUUGGCAACAAUGGAUUAACAUCCUGGUUGGAAAAAUCUUGAAAACAUUCCCGCCGGCAGAAAGCGAUAGCGAGAUAAGUGCAGUUCCCGAAUGGAUACAGCGUUUCAAGUUGGCUGCGUCGCCAAUAAACAAGUGGACACCAAAACUGAAUUUACUUAUCAGAGAGAUACACAAAAAACUCUUGCUGCCAGAAACCACAAUCAAAAUGAGAACAGAACACGGAAGGAAAACUAUUUCCAUUAAUGGCGUUUCUAUUUUUGUUAGUAAACUUAUGGGGAAAAUGAGGGAAUUAAAAGCCAGUAAUGAAGACGUACAGGAAAUACAAAUUGCUGGAUAUUCUUCCGUUCACAUCGAUUGCGAUUUGGACAAUGACAUCUGGCAUGGAAUCAAUAUAGGUCUCGUUACUGAUAAACUUAUCGUGUGCGCCAAUGAGGACCAGAAAAUAGUAUGGGAUGUAUCAGGAAAACAUGCUACCACCAAAUCAAGACAAAAUGAAUCAAACUCAGGCGAAAGCGGUGGUAAUGUUCUUAUUAAGUGCAACCAAGUUAUCGGAGCUGAGCAAUGGACGAUCGCAUCCAAUGGAGGGAACGGAAGUUCUGGUCUCAAGUGGUCGGUGGAAGAACUUCAAGAAAUUUUUAGUCCCAUACUUCCACUUGAUGCGAAUGAAAAUACAAAAAUAGAGGGUAAGCAAGUUUUCAAGCCACCGGCAAUAAAAGAUCUCUGUAAGAGUCUAGAGGAUAGACUGUUUGAAGACUAUGACUACAUGCGCACAAGUCACGUAGAAAUAAAAGGAGACGGAUCAAACGAACCUACUGCAAGGUCAGGCACGCUUGGAGAUGGCAGCGAAAUCCAGUUUUCGUUGUAUGAAAGCAAAACAGGAAUACGGCACACGCUCAUACUCUGUCAAGGUAACCAUUUUGGACAAGGUGGCUAUGGCGGGGACAUAAUCUUGGAAUUGUCUGAUAAAGGACGUGGCAUCCCUUCUGUUGGCAUGGAAGUGUAUCAAGCAAUGGGCGCAGGUGGUGUUGUUUAUAAGGCGUCUGUUUCAGACGGCAAAACGGGGCAAGCAAAUGGCGAUGUAGGUUUCAUCUACAAUGGGGACAAGGCUCAGCAAGGAAAUUACAUAGGAUUUGAAAACGACCAAAAACUAGAAAUCCAAUACUACUCCAAGAAAGAAGAAUUACAAAAAGAUAAGGUUGCUUUAUACGUAAAGACUAGUGAUGAGUUGGGAAACCGACGUUAUGCAACAAUUAUACCACCAUCUGAGAAGCAGAUGGAUAUAACUGAUAUAGGCGGAUAUCACCCAUUGGUCACACCAACGAAGAAAAAUGGCGUCAUUCGUCAUAGCCUCAACCGUCAUUUUUCAAAGGUAAAUGAAUGGAAGCAAAUGAAAGAAUCGCUUUGGAAAUUUUUUUUGUCCAGUACUGCGUUGGAAGACAACGAAUCGCAAAAUGUCGACGAAUUGAUGGAGGAAAUUCAAAAUAAUGAGGCACAAUUCAGUGAUUUAGUCUACGAGCAACUCAAUCAAGAGAAGAUAGGGUGCACUAAGCCAGCGCCUGUCAUCAAGUGCAUCUCAGCCGGUGAUUCAAGCGUAUCUCAGGAAGCAUUUAGCAAACAUCGAACACUUAGCAAAGCCAAUAAGGAUAACCGACAAAUGCUUGAAAGUUUCCUGAACGACAAUUCAAAUCGAUGCAUUCCAGACACCUGGAAACAGAUGUCAGACGAAAUGAAAUCAAAAUCCCGAAAAAAAAUUGAAAGCCGCGAAGAUCGAAUAAUAUUCAUCUUGAGUUACAUCAAUUAUCAAAGGAAAGAAGGAGAAAAAGAAAAUAUAAGAAAGAAAUGGAAAAAAAAAAUUAAAGUCGAUGCAAUCAAAGAAGAUGAUCUCAAAUCGUUGGCCGUGUUUUUGUACGACUUUGAGUGCGCCGUGCAGCAACUUCGUAAACCGGUAGACAAUAACUUCCGCCUUCGCAACACCCAGAUUCUGGCCAUACUGAUGUUGUUCCCUAAUUCUAUGGUAAAUGUUGAGAGAAGAUUAGCUCAGGUAUUUACCGGCGAGGGCAAGUCGUUCAUUGUGGCUGCAGUGGCAAUUGCUCUUGUUCACGGUUAUUACUACGGCGGUAAGAUAUCGAACCAACGAAUCGACGUCAUUACCAGUAACGAUUUAUUAGCACUUCGAGAUUCAAAUCUUUCGGUAGCUGAAGGAGGAUUGAAGGAUCUCUAUGAAUAUUUCAGCGUACCAGUGGCAAACAACUGUAGUGAAUCGGAAGAUGAACGCAAAGCAAGUUAUACUGCUAACGUAGUGUACGGACAGUUAGCCCAUUUCCAGCGUGAUUAUUUAUUGACAAAAUUCUACAGCCGUAAUAUUUAUUACAGCAAACAAUUGUUAUUCGCCAUUAUUGACGAGGUGGAUUGUCUAUUGCUUGACCAAGGAAACAACACCCUCUAUUUGUCGCACGAGAUUCCUGGCAUGGAAACUUUGGAAUCUUUGUACGUUUUUAUUUGGGAAAAAGUGCGCAACCCAUCUGUUAACAAAAAAAAAUCGAAAGAACAGGUGAAGAAAUUAAUUAAAUCUGAUGUCUUGUUCGAUUUGUACGGUGUUACAACUAAAGAAGAUCUGAAGUAUGUCCACGCGCCAUUGGACGAAUCGGAAAAAGAUGCACUAUGGAAUCAUCUAAUUAAGAAAGAAGUGAUUAACUUACAAGGACAUCUACUCAUAACUGACGCCAGCCAAAUUACAAACGAGAAGGUUAAUUGCAUCCCAAUUCAAAUCCAAGGGAAGGAUUUAAACGCGAAAUUGGUUUUCUAUUUCCGCAAAGUAGCUAAUCGCCAGCGUCGUAUCCGAAUACCUUCUCAUCUACUUACCUUUGUUGAUCGAAACCUUGACACUUGGUUGAAUAGCGCCUUUCAGGCUUUGGAUCUAAGACGUGACGAGCACUACGUCAUUGAUCAAGACCGCACAGACAGUAGCCCGGAUCUCAAUCCGCAAGUGAUUAUAAUCGAUCCCGACACUGGAACUGAUCAAACUUUAUCGCAAUGGGACGGAGCCCUUCAUCAGUUUCUUCAGCUUAAGGAAGGGUGUAAAUUGACGCUGCAAAGUCUCAAAGCGGUUUACAUCUCAAAUGCCGUAUAUUUGUUAAAAUACUAUGGGGUAUUGGGUGUAUCAGGGACGCUAGGGUCCGAACAAGAACAGAUUUUUCUACAGGAUACAUUUAAGUGUCAGUUAUGCCCCAUUCCUAGGGCUUUCCCUAAGCUAUUUCAGAAAAAAGAUCCCCAAAUCCUGUCAACAGAAGUAGAAUGGCUAAAUGCCAUUGUCAUGGAGACCAAGACUAUUAUCGAGGCAGGACGUUCGAUCAUCCUUUUUUGCAAGUCCAUCAAAGUUGCCAAUGUCGUUCAUCAACGUAUAGAGAGUUCCAAUCCUGGGCUAAGUGUAAACCAUCGUCUCCAUCGGUACACACGCGAUUACGAGAAAUUCGCAUUUGAAAGCAGUGAGCUGAACAUUGGGCAUGUUAUCGUAGCUACCAACUUGGCCGGGCGAGGAACCGAUGUGAAAAUCAGCCAACAACUGUGCGACAAUGGAGGAUUGCAUGUGUGCCUAACUUUUUUUCCUGAAAGUGAACGAAUCGAGGAACAAGUGAUGGGCCGGGCAGCUCGCAAUGGGGCACCCGGAAGUGGAAUUCUCUUAUGUAAACCAAUUUCACACGAACAGAAGACGCCUGACAAAAACGAUACCCAAGAUUGGGCAACAAUUUCCGCCAUGGAGGAAACACGCGAUGAUCAAGAGAAACAACGCAUUGCUCGGUUGGAAAAAGAUUUUGAAGCCACAAGAGAUCAAGUGAAAUUAUUCGAUAUUUUCUCAAAAUAUUAUACUACCCUAAGGAAACAACUAUGUGAGGAAAAAUACAGUGAUCAGGAAGUACGUGCCAUCUGUGGAAGUGUAUUGGAUCAAUGGGCUUUGUGGCUGGACGAAAUGGAUGAUUUCCCAUUCGACGUGAAAAAAUACUUGUACUCAACGAAAUUGAUUCCAAAAUUAGAAAUUCCUGAGCACAACUUUCCUUGUAACAGUCAAGCUGAUUGGAUGACACCAGCUCGUUUAGUUGUCGUUGCCAAACAUUUGGCCACUGGUAACAAGAAAUCGAAGCUUUCGACUGCAGCCAAUAUUUUGGAACACCUCAUCCAAUCAAAAGACAACCAAUUUUAUCCCGCUGCCUACUACUACCGCGCAUUCAUUUUUCUAAAGGAAGAUUUUGGAACAAAUAAAGAUGAAUUCAUCAAAAUAUUGCGUACAUGUGAAAAUGUAUUAAGUGAGCAAAUCAAUAUGCAAAUAUCGAAUUUUUCGGUCGUCCGUGCGACAGAAAGGAAAACUAAUCGGCCUGAUUCGUUUUGUGCUGUUGAUGGCUAUACGCAGCAAAAAGAUAACAUUGUUAACCUGUUUCAAUAUUUCCUUGGCUCAGUUCGAUCCUUGUUGGGAACCGAUUGCUCCAUUGAAGACUUUGAAGCAGCAGGACGUCUGCCCGAAAAAGUUAAGAAUCUUUUGGAAAAAAAUCUCAAUAACUUUGAAAAGUGGAUUGAACGGGAAAUUCAUAAAAGCUCGAAAUUUUUCCAGAAAAAAGACGAUAAAAAUGAGGAACUGAAGAAUUUUACUAUUCCGAUCGAAAAGGUGGCAGAAUAUUUCGAUCUGUUAUUGGAUGGCGAGUCCAUGUGCAUUGGCCAUCAGCUGAACAAUGCCAGCACCGUACCGAGAUGGAACUCUUCCGUCGAGCAAAUUGAAGAAUCCAAUUGGAAAACGGCCAUUGUUCGGGUAGCAAACGCUUACGGUGUCUGCGCGUCGACCUUAGAAAAAGCUAUCAAGCAGGCGGUGAAAAAGGAACUAAGUAAAGAGAACAUUGAAAAAGAAUUUGAAAACCAGUUAAAAAGAAAGUUUGAAGAAGAGAAUUUGAUUCCCUGUACGAGAGAAUCGUUCUGGGCGGAGCUGAUUAAAAGCGGAGCAUUGUUCGAUAACGAAAAUUUCGUCGCCGUGGAAAACAGCAUCGUCGACAGGUUCAAUCUAGAUCGCGACGAGGCCAAAGAAUUAGAUUCAAUAGCCAAGGAAUACAUCCUGUAUGAUCCUAUUGAGUACAACAAACCUGGAGAAGAAAAGAGAAUCAUUUUUUCGCAGAAUUACGUCGAAGACAAGCUUUAUGGCAACCGAGAGUACAACCGUAGCGGAGAUAAAUUUAGAUUCAACAAGAUGGCCAAAAUUGAUGUUGCGAAACUCAAAUCAGUCAACUUGAAGCUGUUUGGCCAGUUAAAAGACGACGAUUUACGUAAGGCCGAUAUUAGUCAAGCGGAACGCAAAGCAAUUAUGGGCGAACUGCAAAAUCAAAAUAUUAUCGACGACGCUGGCAAUCUCUCACCUAAUUACGAUGGUCAAAGUUUUAAAUAUCCAAACUGUCCUGCGUACGAAGACACUGUGAUGCGUCUAGUGGCGACCAAGUUGCGUGCCGAAAUAGUUAGACGACAUUGGCUGAAGAGUGAAGACAAUGCGAAUCGUCUCGAAGUAAUCAACUUGUUGCCUUUGACACCUUAUCGAGAUAUGCUGGAUGACUUGAUUGCUGCCUAUGUCAUUUCUGGGGUCCGACUAAAGGAAAUGGACGAACGUGUCCUCGAAAGAAAAGUGCAUGAAAUCACCAAUAACGACCAUGAACGUCAAUGUAUUUUGGAUUUUUUGAAAAGCCGACAAGCAAUUUACGAAGCUACGUGGUUAGUAAAACAAGACACCGCGCUUGACUUCAUCGACAGUGAUAUCCGCAAGGUAAAAGCCAACACUGUCGAACGCGAGUUGGAUCUUUUUCGUUUGAUGGGAUUUGAUCAUGUAAUGUACAUGAAGGAUCACCAAACAUCUAGAAAACAGAUGGUCUUGACAUCCCUAUUUGUACCAUUCAUUAUCAUUGGCGGAGCUGUUUCAAUUAGUGCUGGGGCUGUCUUAACCAUCUUCAGUAAAAUUUUGCCGUUCAAUGUCGCAAAAGAUUUGCUUUUGAUGGGCGGUCUCUCUGACAUUAUCUACGUAUUGUCGUGCUCGUUAUCCAAGCACCAAAUCGGCAUAUCUGGUUAUGUUCAUCAGAGAAUUCAAAGUGCAACAGGAAAAAUGAAUUUCGUAGAAGAGGGGAAGUCUCUCUGGAAGCUAUUAAAAUCAAACAAAUCUGAUAGCCAAAGCUACAGACCUGCUGUCCGAUUCCACAUGGACGGCUUUCACCAAGGGCGAGUACGAGACAAACUUGGCGAAACGGAACAGUACAAGAUUGUCAACGCGUUAUUUGAGCUUAAAAAUAUGCCGAUGAAAACUUGUGAAGAAGCUGACGAUCUAAUCCACUAG